UGUGGCCUCAUCUAAAAAAAAGGGCGGGCCUGAGCGUGUGUACUUCAGGGGCCGACAAACGAGGUGUCCUUGAGGAGUUUUAGACAGUUAUGGCAAAACUUGUGAUUAAUUAUACUCUUAAAUUUGGUUAUACAUUGACAACUUAAUCAUACGUUGCAGUUCCCUGGCCGAACAAACGCUAAACCCAUGAGUUCUGCGAGCGGCCGACGUCACACUGCUGCGAAAAAUAGCAAUGGAAGUGAAGCGGUGCAAGGAUUGGUCCAGAAGGUUUAUUCCUCCGAUGGACGCCUUCAUGAUUCCCUGGAGGACGAAAUGAUUGCCUUCCUCACUGACGAUGAAGCCCAACUGCACACAUAUGAUGAUCUCACCAAAGUCAACCCAGUGACACCAACAACAGUUCUGCAAUGCCUGCAGGCCAGAUAUGGAAUGAAGGUGUUUUACACCCACGCUGGCUGCACCUUGGUGGCUCUUAACCCCUUCUGGUCUGUUCCUGACCUUUACUCCCUGGAUACGAUGACAGGCUAUCACUGUUCUCCCAAGCUGAAGGAGUCCAAGCCACAUAUCUUUAUCGUAGCAGAGGAAGCCUACAGAAAUGUUAAGGGUCACUUGGCGCCUGUGGACCAGUCCUUGGUGGUCAGUGGGGAGAGCGGUGCUGGGAAGACAUGGACCUCUCGCUGCCUGAUGAAAUACUACGCCACGGUUGCAGCCUCCUCCUCCGUGUUGGAGAGUCAGGAUACUGUAGAGAGGAUAGAGAGGAGAGUUCUGGACUCCAACCCCAUCAUGGAAGCUUUUGGCAAUGCGUGCACACUCCGCAACAACAACAGCAGUCGCUUUGGAAAGUACAUCCAGCUCCAGCUUGACAGGUGUCAGCUGCUAGUCGGGGCAUCUGUGCAAACAUAUUUACUGGAGAAGACCAGAGUGGCCUGCCAACCUGCUAAUGAAAGGAACUUCCACAUCUUUUACCAGAUGAUGAAAGAGGGCACUGACGCGCAGAGAAAGGAGUGGAAUAUACCACAUGGACACCGCUUUGUGUGGCUGCCAAAUGUUGAAAAGAGCAUAGAAGAGGAUUCUUUUCACGAGACUGUUGACGCUAUGGUCCACAUGGGUAUUAACACCGAAAGGCAGAGACAGAUAUUCAGGAUAUUAGCGGGUAUUCUACAUCUGGGGAAUUUGAAAUUCUUCCUUUCAGCAGAUGAAUCACAGCCAUGCAUCAUAAAGGAACAGUCCAAAGAGUGCUUGCAGAGAGCUGCUGAACUAUUGCAAUUGGCUGCAGAUGAGCUUGAGAUGUGUCUAAGUGUGAGGACUCUCAAAGCAGGGAAACAUAGCGUACACAAGCCUUGUUCCCAGGCGGAGUGUUGCGUGAGGAGAGACUGCCUGGCCAAAAUCAUCUAUGCCCAAUUAUUUGAAUGGCUUGUGGCAUUUAUCAACAACAGCAUUUGUGCUGACAAAUCCACUUGGUGCAACUUCAUAGGUGUUCUAGAUGUUUAUGGCUUUGAAUGUUUCCAAACCAAUAGUUUGGAGCAACUGUGUAUCAACUAUGCCAAUGAAAAACUGCAGCAGCACUUUGUGGCUCAUUAUCUUCAAGCUCAGCAGGAGGAAUAUGUGUCAGAAGGAUUGCAGUGGUCCUUCGUCAAAUAUCAAGACAACCAGAGCUGUUUGGACCUUCUCGAAGGAAGUCCUAUCAGCGUGUUUUCUCUUUUGGAUGAGGAGAGCCGCCUUAAUCGAGCCUCUGACGCCAAGGUACUCAGGAUUCGUUUGGAGAAGGAGCUAAGUGAUAACAGCAGCAUCAGCUGGGAUAAAUUCAGCAAAGUGCCACACUUUACUGUGGCCCAUUAUGCUGGCAAAGUGAACUACAAGAUACAAAGCAUGGUGGAAAAAAACAAGGACCCAGUGGCACCUGAGAUCAUCAGUAUACUUCAGAAGUCUGGCAAUAGCCUGCUUCAGCAUAUUUUUACAGAAAAAGAGAGCGAGCAUUCACCAAACAGGGCCCUCAGUAAAGUCACAGUAGUCUCCAAGUUUAAGAACUCCCUGGAGCGCCUCAUGAGCAUCCUGCACACCACCACUCCUCAUUACACGCGCUGCAUUAAACCCAACUCAGACUGUAAGCCGUUCAUCUUCAAAAAAGAGGAGGUGAUCAUACAGUUGGAGGCUUGUGGGAUAGUGGAGACCAUUCAUAUAAGUGCUGCUGGCUUCCCUAUUAGAAUUCCUUUCAAGUGCUUCAUACAACGCUAUGGAGCCAUUUUGAAAUGCUCAAAAUUCAAGUCACAAACUCCUAAUCUUGCCCAGGUUGGAAGCGACAAUGACUUUCUUCUGCAGGAGGUGCAGAAGGUCCUUGACCUGGUGUUUCAACACUCAGCACACAAUGUUAAAGGGGAACACAAAUCUUUGGUGCACUGUGGAAGAACUAAAGUGUUUCUCACACAGUUAAUGCUAGAUUUACUGGAAGACAAUAGGAAGAUGGUCCUCUCAAGGUGUGCCUUUUCCAUUCAGUGCUGCUGGAUGCGUUACCAGCGCCGUAGACGCCAUGAGCGACAUCAUUCUGCUACUCUGAUCCAAGCAGCGGUGAGGUCUUGGCUUGUAAGGAGGAGCGUCCAGAGAUGGCAUAGAGCAGCGGCAUCUAUUCAGAAAUCCUGAGGGAAAUGGAAGGCACUCAUGAAGUGUUUAGCUGAGGCUGAGCUGGAUAAUGCAGAGGACUUCAUGUCAGAAGAUACCCCUGUGAUUAGGGAACGAGGCUCAGUGCAGCUUUCAACCAUCCAGGAACCCGUCAUGGUCCAAGGCUGGCCCAUUGGGCUGGCUUUGGCGUCUGCACCGUCCAUCACGGUGUCCCUGACGGCCACAGGAUUGCAAAAGAUGAAGUCUGUGGUGGCUUCCCUGAAACUGCCCUCCAGGAGAGGAGAAUAUAAGGUGGAGACCAACCAAAACAUGCAGGGGGUCGCCUCCAUCAGGGCUCAACCAAAGGGAUCUGUAAAACUGCACUGCCAGCGGUCGCCCCUUCUCUACGCAGACAUGCAGCCUGAGCUGAGGAACGACGUCACAGGCUUCAAUGAAAUCCUGCUCGAGAAGACUCUAUAGCAGGAGCGUCCAAACAUUGUCCACUUUCAUACAUCAUGUGCGCUAAAAUGCUAAAACCAAUCCAAUUUAGGUUAAUAUACAGCAGCUGAAAUAAGUAUUUAACACAUUUUUCUCACUAAUUAUAUUCCAAAAUGCUGUUGACAUAAAACAUUCACCAGAUGUUUGAAACAACCCAUGUAAUACAUACAUACAUACAAAGAAAGAAGAACAAAGAACACAAGAAAUUAAGUUGUUAUAGUGGGAAAUGACACAGGUAGAAAGUAUUGAACACGCCAACUGGUUGUAUGCAAUACUUUGUACAAAAGCCUGUUUGCCUCCUGUAUGGAGAAACUACUCGCAUGCUUUCCUCCUCCACGCAAGUAGUUGGCUGUAUGAUUUGGAUCAUUAUCCUGCUGGAAUGUCCACCCUUGUUUCAUUUUCAUCAUCUUCAUAGAUGGCAGCAGAUUCUUGUCAAGAAUGUCUCAGUACAUUUGCCCAUUCAUCGUUCCUCCAACAAUGUGAAGUUUAGCAGUAUCUGAAAUGCAACCUACACCAUCAUGUUCCCAUCUGCAAACUUCACUGUUGGUAUGAUGUUUUUAGGAUGAUUUCUCCUCCCAACUAGGUGUGCAUUAUGGAUCAAUUUUGGUUUCAAUAGACCAUACUAUAUUUUCCCAGUAUUUAACUGGCUUGUCCAAAUGCCAUCCAUCCAUCCAAAUUCUUCCGCUUAUCCGAGGUCGGGUAGCGGGGGCAGCAGCCUAAGCAGGGAAGCCCAGACUUCCCUCUCCCCAGUAACUUUGUCCAGCUCUUCCCGGGGGAUCCCGAGGCGUUCCCAGGCCUGCCGAGAGACAUAGUCUUCCCAACGUGUUCUGGGUCUUCCCUGUGGCCUCCUACCGGUCGGACGUGCCCUAAACACCUCCCUUGGGAGGCGUUAGGGUGGCAUCCUAACCAGAUGCCCGAACCACCUCAUCUGGCUCCUCUCGAUGUGGAGGAGCAGUGGCUUUACUUUGAGCUAACCCCGGAUGGCAGAGCUUCUCACCCUAUCUCCAAGGGAGAGCACCGCCACCUGGUAGAGGAAACUCAUUUGGGUCGUUUAUACCCAUGAUCCUGUCCUUUUGAUCAUAACCUAAAACUCAUGACCAUAGGUGAGGAUCGCAACGUAGAUCGACCGGUAAAUUGAGAGCUUUGCCUUUCACUUCAGCGCCUUCUUCACCCCAAACUGUCGAAACAGCGUCCGCAUUACUGAAGACGCCGCACCCACACAUCCGCCUGUCAAUCUCACAAUCCACUCUUCCCUCAGUCGUGAACAAGACUCCAAGGUACUUGAACUCCUCCACUUGGGGGAGGGCCUCCUCUCCAACCCGGAGAUGGCACUCCACCCUUUUCCGGGCGAGAACCAUGGACUCGGACUUGGAGGUGCUGAUUCUCAUCCAGGUCGCUUCACACUUUUGCUGCGAAAGGAUCCAAUGAGAGCUGAAGAUCCUGGCCAGAGGAAGCCAUCAGGACCACAUCAUCUGCAUCGGCUUGUCCAAAUGUUGUUCAGCAAACUUUAAACAAGCUUUGACAUGCUCUUAUUUUAGAGAAGGGAUCUUGGGUGCAUACAGGCUAUGGCAGUGGAGUGCAUUACUAACUGUUUUCAUUGUGACAACAGUACUUGCUUAUUCCAGGUCUUUUUGAAUGCUCUCCAUGGGUGGUCCUUCACUCUUAUUAUUCUUUGCACUCCUGUUAAAAAUUUUGCGAUGAGUACCUGAUCAGGCAAAUUUAUUGUGGUAUGAUUGGCUUUCCAAUUACCGGUACGUACUGUACUAUGGUCCCAACCGUGCUCACUGUAACAUUCAGAAGCUUAGAGAUAUGCGUCUAUAACCAAUGUCAUUUUUCUGUUCUGCAAUUCAUUUGCGAUGGUCUUGAGACAUCUCUUUGCUCUUACCCAUCAUUAGAUGUGUCUUGACAUAUCAUCACACACAACUUGAGUUCUGAGCUUAUUUAUUCUACUUUCAUUGUAUGUAAGGAUUACUAGGGUUGUUCCCAACAUCUGGUGAAAGGUUCUAUUCAAGAGCACCUUUUAAAAUUAGCGAGAAAAAUGGUGACAUGUUAAAUACUUAUUUCAGCUGCCAUAUUCUAUCUGAACAAAAUAUCCACGUAUUAGCUUUGUGUUGUUGACAAAGCAAAUUAGUUUAAUAUCUAAUCAUAUUCCUCAUAAUGUAUUCAUUAUUUUUUAUAUGUCUCACAUUGGACAGCCCUGCUCUAUAAUUACACUACAGUAUGAAAUGUUUCUUGUUGUAAAACAGCCAGUCCCAGGACUUCGCAAUGUUGCAAUCGUGCCAAUUCAACCAUCCAUUUUGUGUCGCUCGGCCCUUUUAAGGUCGCCUUGGUGGGGGUGGGCAGAUUGGAUGUAGCCUCUGAGCUGCGCUCAAACUUGCGCAUCAACUAUCUAAUCAAUUGCAAAUCAUCUACCUUUGGUAUUAAUGGAAUGCCACAAGUAAUAUUUGAAUGAUUGCAUGUUGUGUAUGUUUGUGUCCCACGUGAAGGGAUGAGUUGAGUUUAAGAUGACGUCAGUGCUGCCUUCAAAUGAGUCUUAGGCUCCGAUCAGUGUCAUUUGUUAAAAGCUACACAUAUCACUCAGGGGCUGUUAUAUGAUUCACACGCACACUGUAGACCAAUUACGGUAUUUUGCUUUUAUAUAUUAGCACCAAAAUACAGUACCCAUAUUGCAUGUGUUGCACAACAAAAGCAAAGAUUGCACAUUCAGAGUUAUAGCAAUGUGCAUUUGAAUCAUGGAGAAAAAAAUGUUGGGGUUUAAAAUAACUGCUGCUUUUAAAUAUGCACACUGUGGGAAUAUAUGCGAAUACUGUUUUACACUUGUAUGUGAGUGAAGUUUUUUUGUCAAAUUAAAUGGAUUUUCUUUUUUGUAAUUUGAAUACUGCUGUAGGUUUUUACUCGACAUACAGACACUAUUAUAAGGAUGUCAGUCUGGUGUGUGUACCCAAAAGAUUCUAACCAAGAAAAUGAACCAUGUAAUUUUUAUUUGCUUUGAUGAAAACGUGUUGUCAUACAUUCAACAACAAUCCCUUUUGUACAUCCUCUUAUUUUCUAUACAAAAUACAAAUGUGCUCCCAAACACAAAAUCCAAUAAAUACAGUACAGAUUUA